AUGACUUGGCUCAAUUUCCAUAGUGCGAAGAACAAACUGUUUGUGUCGUCUCGACGUAGGAGGAAAAAAUAUACGGGCGUGAUUGUCAUCUUUGACGUUCUUGCCUUUUUCUUCUAUUUACUUAUUUGUAUAAAUCCUACACAGAUAAUCAUGGUAGAACAAUCUCCAUCAUCUGAAAUCAUACUCGAUCAUCGUAACGAUUUAAGUGAUGCCAACAGUGUGGAUUCAGCGUUCAGUAUUGAUAGUGGAGUUGUAGCGUCUCAAGAUCUGCAUGAAUACGAUUCAUCGUCAAGCACAGCUGAAAAGUUAUUCUAUGAACUACAGCGUGUGAAAGAAGAUUUGAAGUAUAAAGAUCAUGAAAUUCUUCGAGCUAAUCAAAUACGUGAAAGUACCGAUCGAGAAAUUGAAGAUCUAACAACAUCAUUAUUCGAAUCAGCGCAUGCUAUGGUAGAUCAAGCGAAACAAGCUCAAGCGAAUGCAGAACAGAAGCUUAAAGUUUCAAAUCAAACGAUCGAUGCUCUCGUGCUCGAAAAUGUUCAAUUGAAGAAAUCAAUUAGCGAACUGAAACAAAUUCUAAGUUCUUGUCGAACAUCAAUGGAUAUGUCACCUAAUCAUAACCAUAUCGAUGAGGUUCUAUUACGAGAAUUUACAUCUUGGGAUGAAAACCCAUCGAUUGAACGCGAUGCAUCGCUAUUUAUCUAUCGAGUUUAUAACGAAGAUAUUCUACCAUGUUUAUCAUUCCCGAACACCGAACUUUCAUCAAAAGUCCUCGAAGCAAUUGAAAAUAAUUGUGUAACUAUGGAAGUUUGCCAUUCGACUGGAAAUCUCAAAAUGUGCUCAUUGAUGGGUGAAGUUUGUCAGUGUGACUUUCGAAUUCGGUUGAGUGAAGAUGGCUUAUGGUAUUUCAUAUCACGUUUGGCACGUAAUCGGAUCGCGAGUGUUUGUGAUUUCUUUACAUUCGUUCGACACGUCCAAAGUGGUUUGGUCAAAAGUUCAACUGAAGUUCGUUUCGACAGAAUCCUCGAACGACGGAAACAGAUGGCUUUCGCCCGUCUUGGAUUGUAA